AAUGUUCAAACCAGAAUCGCGGCUCAAAUCUCUCGUUUCUUCCUGUGUGUGUGUGUCUGUCCCUAUCUCUUUCACAGGAUAGGGAAUCGAGAGCAGAGCUUCAUUACACACAUUGUCUCCUUUCUCUUAUCUCCAAACGCUUUUGCAUUUUUCACACACAGAUUCCAUUUGGGUCUCACUCGAAACACCCAUUAAUGGAAGCCUCAUCGCCCAUCUCCAUCCAGAAGAGCCCACUGCAAGACCUCCCAGAGGCGUCGCCGAAGCCGUACAAGAAAAGCUUCGUGACCACGCUGAUGGAGGCCGCCACGCUUCGCUCUCCUUCCUUUAAGGAGGACAACUACCUCGUUUCCCACCUCAAGUCCUCCGAGAAAAAAGCUCUCCAGGAGCUCAAGGACAAGCUGUCGGCCUCUGAAGCCGCCGAUGCCUCCAUGUGGGGCAUUCCUCUCUUGGGCGGCGACGAGAAGGCGGAUGUGGUGCUUUUGAAGUUUCUGCGAGCCAGGGAUUUCAGGGUCUCGGACUCGCUCAACAUGUUGCUCAAGUGUUUGUCAUGGAGAAGGGAGUUUGGAGCUGAUAGUGUUGUUGAAGAGGAGCUGGGAUUCAAGGAGCUGGAGGGUGUGGUAGCCUAUAUGCAUGGCUAUGACAGAGAGGGUCACCCUGUUUGUUACAAUGCCUAUGGGCUUUUCAGAGACAAGGACAUGUACGACAGGAUCUUCGGCGACGAGGAGAAGCUCCACAAGUUCUUGAGGUGGAGAGUUCAGGUGCUUGAGAGAGGGAUCAAGCUUCUGCAUUUUAAGCCGGGUGGGGUUAAUUCCAUGAUCCAGGUCACUGAUCUCAAGGACAUGCCCAAGAGAGAGCUCAGGGUCGCUUCUAAUCACAUCCUCUCUCUGUUUCAAGAUAACUACCCCGAAAUGGUCGCUCGCAAGAUUUUCAUCAAUGUUCCGUGGUACUUCAGCGUGCUGUAUUCGAUGUUCAGCCCGUUUCUAACUCAGCGAACCAAGAGCAAGUUCGUGAUCUCUAAGGAAGGGAAUGUGGCCGAGACACUCUACAAGUUUAUUAGGCCUGAGGAUGUUCCUGCUCAGUAUGGCGGACUGAGUCGACCCAGUGAUCUGCAGAACGGUCCCCCAAAACCGGCCUCCGAGUUCACCGUCAAAGGCGGAGAGAAAGUUAAUAUACAGAUCGAGGGGAUUGAGGCUGGAGCAACGAUAACAUGGGACAUAGUGGUGGGGGGCUGGGAGUUGGAGUACAGUGCAGAGUUCGUGCCGAGUUCGGAAGGCAGCUACACAAUUGCAGUGGAGAAGCCAAGGAAGAUGGCCGCCUCAGAAGAAGCAAUUCACAACUCCUUCACAUCGCGUGAAGCUGGCAAAAUGGUGCUCUCAGUAGAUAACACUGCCUCCAGGCGGAAAAAGGUUGCUGCUUAUCGUUACAUCGUUCGCAAAUCCACUGCCAUAGUACCAUCUAACUUCAACUAUGCUUAAUUAUAUAUGUCCAAAAGGGUGUUUUUGAUUUUUGUUUUAUCUUCUUUUUGAGGGGUUUAAUUAAAUGCUGUUACUGCUGUGAACUUUACUUUUAAAAACUCUACUUGAUAGUACCAAUGUAAUGUAUAAAAAUUGGUGGUAUUAUAUAUUGCCUUAGUGUAGAAGAAAAGCAGCUCAACUUUGCUUAUGUCAGUGCAUA